AUGGUGCGCUUCAUCUCGCUGGCGCUCGCGGCCUUUGCAACUGCGCUCCAUGUCGUAGUGGGGGUCAGGUCGGAGAACCAUCCGGUCUGGUGGCACGAGCACUCAGCAAGCUCCCCCGAGAAACUUCAGCAGAGCCUGAGAGCCAUCCUGACGGACAGUACAGAUGUGACCACGCAGGCCAACACAGCCGAGGCGCGCCGCGAUGCGGAGGCACAGGAGCGGACUCUCCGGGAGCAGGUUGCCAUCAUCAGGAAGGACUGGCAGAGCGCCAGCGCCAGUGUUUGCCAUCAGCAGCUCGGCCGGGUGAUAAACAAUCUCACCCUUUCUUGUGAAGACUUGCAGCCGGAAGCCGACUGGCUUCUCGACUGCCUUCCGGACUCCUACGUCCUUCCGAACAAGACGUGUGCUGACAGCGUCAGCGACAUCUUCGCGUUAGGAAGCAAAUUGGUGGAGACCCUCCGCGUCUCCAGAGAUGCUUUAGCAUCCUUGGAUGUGGCCGGUGAAACGCUCCGUCGCUAUCAAGCACUAUCCUUUGUGAGGAGCUGGCUGGUGAAGCUGACUGAGACUCGUCAUCAUGCAUUGCUUUGGGCCGGCUUCUGGGAUGGGGACCCCGAGAAUCGCACGACAAAGGCAAAGCUCUUCAGCUUUGCCAAGGCCAUAGAUCACGCGACCGUCCACCCGGACAGCUUCUUGGGCCAAGCCAUCGAGGCGAGCCAGGACCUCGACGCCUGCUACAAGGACCCCCAGACCAAUGCGCUUGCAGCCAACAUGUGGUCAAUCGCAAGCAUGAGCUUCGUGCUCGGGAUGCGCGACAAGGCACAGGGAACGGUCCUUGCACUGGUCAACAAGCAGAUCACCGGCGAGCGGAACUUGUCGCAGUCCGUGCUGUCCACCCAUGAAAUCCCAACAGUGGGGCUUGCAGCCUGGGGCCUCGGGUUCUGGUCUCCGGAAGUGAUCGUUGUGGACCUUAUGGGCACGUGUGACCAGACGAGCCCAGCGCUGCAGAAGCAGCUGUUCGCCCGCUUACCCUCGUGGGCCAAGUCCAUGACGAGCUGGAGCCCAGAAGCCUUCUCGAUGAGGUCGCGGCUCCGGUGGCAGUGCAUCGACUGCUCGGGCGCUUGCACCCUGGACGAGGCUUUGGCAGAGCACGUGGAGAAGCUGGCAAAGGCCAAUGUGGAGCAGGACCGGAAGAACCAAGAGCUAUGCGAGGUCGUCGGCUGUUACGGUGCGGACGCCGCCCAGACCAGUCUCCGCACAGAGGUUUCGUUAGGGCUGCGUCUGUUGUAUUUAAUGCUGGGGCAGAACCAUCAGUUCAACAAGCAGAGGCAUUUGCAAGAGAAGAUCCGGGAAAAAAAUGAGCAGUGGCGGCUCUUGAAGGCGGGGCUUGCAGAUCAGGAGCGCGACAGCCGGGAGAGACAACUGGAGGUGGAGCAAGUCCUCCGCCGGAACGCUGAUCCGAAGGCUUUGAACCGGUUCUGCGGCACGGCCCUCAUAAGCGCCGCGGAUUUGGGGCUGCAGGAGGCGGUCGAGGCCUUGGGCAAGGCCGGGGCCCAGCUGGAGGCCCGCGAUGAGCGUGGCAACACAGCGCUGAUUCUCGCGUCAAAAACUGGCCACUUGAAGGUGGUCAAGGCCUUGGUGAAGGCUGGAGCCCCGCUGGAGGCCCGCAAUGCGAAAGGCCAAACAGCCCUCAUAAUCGCCGCGGCAAAAGGGCUGCAGGAGGUGGUCGAGGCCUUGGUGAAGGCCGGGGCCCAGCUGGAGGCCCGCGAUGAGGUUGGCAACACAGCCCUCAUUCUCGCGUCAUUUGGCCACUUGAAGGUGGUCAAGGCCUUGGUGAAGGCUGGAGCCCGGCUGGAGGCCCGCGAUGAGAACGGCGGCACGGCCCUGAUGUUCGCUGCAUACAACGGCUACCACGAGGUGGUGGAGGUCUUGGUGAAGGCCGGGGCCCAGCUGGAGGCGCGUGCUAAUGAUGGCAAAACAGUCCUCAUUGCCGCGUCAAUGGGUGGCCACUUGAAGGUGGUCGAAGACUUGGUGAAGACUGGAGCCCAGCAGGAGGCCCGCGAUGAGAAAGGCAACACAGCCCUCAUGAAAGCUGCGCAAGAAGGCCACCUGAAUGUGGUCGACUUCUUGAGGAAGGCUGGAGCUCUAGCAUAA